ACUACGUCUGAACCGUCCCCAGCGUCGAUGUCUAAAACGCGCAGCAGCGUCACGUGUCUCCUAUGCCCGUUGCGCCGCCGCGAAUUCUGGCGCCGUCGCUUCUUAAAGACGACGACCUUGGCGUCGCGCGUCUGCUCCUCGACGGCGCAGGUCACCGUCGCGCGCGGCACCGUCGGCCGCCCGACGACCGUCGCCGCCUCGCUGCCGACGAGCAGGACCUCGUCUAUGACCAAGUCCGCGCCGACCUGGACGUCGAGCUUCUCCGCGACGAUAACGUCGUCUUUCGUAAUUUUGUACUGCGUGCCGCCCAGGCGGACAAUUGCGAAGCGGUCGCCGCCCGACGCGGGCGCGGGCGUUUCGGGGUCGCGGUGCAGGACCUUUGUCGCAGCCGUGGAGGAGGCGCGCCAUGCGGUAAUGUGUGCGGCGGCGCAGCGCGGCGCUGUUGCGCGUGCGGCCGUGCGACUCAGGGCUGCAAUCAUGCUGAUUCGCGGCUCUCGGGCGAAAUUGUCCAGCGAGAGUUGUGCAGCCCAAGCGGUUGGCCGACUUUUGACGAAUGAUGUCGCAGCGGUGGCGCGAGUGAGCUGUUUGAGAGCUUACGCCGCAAGC